UCGCGGUUGGGCCAGAAUUUCAGUCAAAGCAAGGGUGCAAACCACAAAAGUUUAGGGUUUCUUCCAGAGGCAUCCACGCUGCGGACUCUCCCCCCCCAACCUUCAUCCACACCCACCACCACCCCGUGAAGAAUCCGGCGGCGGGCGGCGGACGGCGAGCGGCGGCGGAGCAGAGUCAGUCAGAGCAGGGCAGUGGAUUCUAGGUUUUCGAGGAGGGAGAUGGCGGGCAUGGGCGAGAUGUCGAUGAGGCCGCGGCCGGGCCCGCCGAUGCACCGCGGCCCGCCUCCCAUGGCGCGCCCCCGCCCCGAACCCAUCGACCGCGAGAAGACCUGCCCUCUCCUGCUGCGGGUUUUCACCAAGGUUGGUGGCCAUCACCUGAAUGAAGAAUUUUCCGAGAGAGGGAAGGAGCCAAAAGAUGAAGUUCAGAUUUACACGUGGAAGGAUGCCACACUCCGGGAGCUCACUGAUCUUGUCAAAGAGGUUGCUCUUCCAGCAAGGAAAAGAAACGCUAGGUUAUCUUUUGCUUUUGUAUACCCGGAUAAGAAUGGUCGUUUUGUUGUCAAACAGGUGGGUUCGACCUUUUCUUAUGGUCAUGGAAGAGGGGAUGAUGCCAAAUCUCUUGGGGACCUUGGCUUCCAGAUAGGUGAUUACUUGAGCGUUUCGAUCAUGUGAGCCGUGCCAUAUUGCAAAAUAGUGUGCCUGCUGCACACCAAGCAGAAUAGUUUUCCUGCUGUGCUAUUAUCUUGUGCUGUGCGUGCGAGGGAUGAAGCUCUCCUUAGUUCUAGGGAACUGGAACCAGAACUGUCUGUAAUAGUGGCGACUUUUGAACUAGUAUUUGAGACUUAACACUUGAGACAUCUGAUGUGAUUGCUUGCUAUGUACCUGUUCUCUGUGGUUGUCACUCUGAACGAGAGUACUGUUUGAACUAAUGUUUCCAGCAGAACAUAUGUAAACAUAGGUGCGGCGCAGCACUUUUGAGACUGAAUUUACCGAAUAAAUGACGAGAUAUUUAGCUAAA